AACUUGACGUAUAAUGUAGAAGAGAUUUGUUUGUUUGUUUGACGUUGCUAAAUAUUGAAUUAUUAAUAGUUUUACAUUACUUAAAUACUUUAAAUGGUAUUCAUUUCGCAAAAUAACUUAAAGUUUAUAAUAAUAUUUUUUAUAGUUAGACUAGUAGAUUAUUCUACCAUCGGUGUAAAGUUUUAAGGUUAUAAUUUUGUUUUGCAAGAUUCGCUAACAAAAAUCAUGGUUUGUGAGAAAUGUGAGAAGAAACUUGGCCGCGUGAUUACUCCAGACCCUUGGAAAACUGGAGCCAGGAAUACUGUGGAGUCCGGAGGCAGAAAAGUUGGUGAAAAUAAGGCACUCACAGCGAAAAAGGGACGAUUUAACCCAUACACUAGCAAAUUUCAAGAAUGCAGAAUAUGCAGAACAAAGGUCCACCAAGUUGGCUCCCACUACUGCCAAGCGUGUGCCUACAAAAAGGGCAUAUGUGCCAUGUGCGGAAAAAAGAUAUUAGACACUAAGAACUACCGACAGAGUUCCACUUAACAUAAGAUACUAUACAAACUAUUUAUAAGACGUUUUAUGCAUUGCCAGAAUGCUAAAUUAGGAUAAAUUAGGUUUAAACUGCAUGAAGCAAUAAUAGCAAUAUUGAUGCCUGUUUUAAUGUGUAAUCAUUUUAUACCAUUACAAUAUCUGCAUAAAAAUAUGACUGUAGUGCGACAUACACUUUACAAGUAUAGUUUAGUGUACUGAUAGUCGUACUCUGAGGUAUAGCUACACUUAAUAUAGACUGCAGAGUAAAACAAAAUAUUUUACAGAUAUUUUUUAUUGGACUUAUUGAAGCUAGUUGUCGCUAAGCAUUUUAUUCAUGGUAUUUGUAGCUAUUUAAUAUUUUGCACCAAAACUAUGUUAUACCUAUGUAUUCAUAAUUAGUAUGAAAUCACAUAAAUGAUAAACAGUAAUAUGUAUUUUAGUCGGUGAGAAUUUAGGAUAAUCCGCAGAACAUUUACUUGUAACAUAAUUUAUUAAUAUUGAGUUGCACGUUUUACCGUAAUGAUAACCAAAUCAUUUGCAGUUGUCAAAUCACCAAAUUGAACAGUGGGCGGCAAGUAUAAGGCUGGUUAUGGUUUGGUUAUCAUUAAAGUUAAAUGGUGCAACUCACCAUAAGUAACUAGAACUACUAGAACACAAUAUAUUCUAAAUAGUGGCCUGUAUUAAAACAAACUUUGUUGCCUGUAUACCAUAGCAAUAGGUUGUUUACCAUAGUGUGAAAGUUCAAAUUAACAGCAAUUUGUUCUUAUGCAAUAAAUAAUAAUUAUAGUUUUUAUAAUGAGGAUGUACAAGUCAAUACAGUUUACAAUAAAUACCACAUUUUAAAAUUA